GGAAAUCAGAAAAAAUGUCGUCCACAUCAGCGUACAAUCGAACAUCAUCCUACAAUCGGACAUAUGAAAAGCGAAUUAUUGAACAAAGCCCAAAAAUCACCGGUACAGGUUUACCGUUGCAUGUAUCCAGCAUGGGGUCACCGUUGCAUGUAUCCACCUCCAGUUAUCAGUCGCCACCCAUCACAUUAACAUCGAUGAAUAUGUCAGCAGCAGGAACAGGCCUGAUAACAUCCCAUCAGCAGAGCGACGAUUCUUUUUACGUGCAGAUGGAUUUAUCGCAAUUCAGACCGGAUGAUCUAAAAGUAUCGGUAGCAAAUUCCUACAUAAUCGUCGAAGCAAGACAUGGUGAACGAGAGGAUGAAUUUGGUCUCGUGGAACGACUUUUGAUUAGGAAAUUUCCAUUACCUUCAAACGUACCAGCAGAUGCAGUUACUAGCAAUCUUACUGCAGAUGGACAUCUUAGUGUUACUGCAAACGCCCCGCGCCAAAAGGUUGAUCAUGUGGCAAGGACGAUUCCGAUCAAAAUGGUAUCCAACGUGAUUAAAACAGAAAUUAAAUCACAAAAUUCAACAGCAAACGAGCAAUCACCGCUUCAGGGAUAA